AUGUUGUUCCGAACGGGCUGCUUCCUGUCGAUUCUCAUCCUCGGGCCUGCUAUUGUAGGGGAUUUGUUCCCAAUUGAACAAACCGGCCGAUCUAUGACGUUAGUGAUGGGCACGCAGAUGGUGGUCGAUUGCAUCUCCCCGGUUGCCGGAGCGUAUAUCGCCCAGGGUUUAGGUUGGCGAUGGUUGAUCUGGCUGAUGGUGAUCGUUCUCGGAUUCUUCAGCCUGCUCCUCCUGGGGGUGCUCCGCGAGACAUACUCUGUUGUCCUUCUGCGGUGGAAGGCGGAGCGCUUACAGGAAGAGUGCGCAGACGGCCGGCAGGAGUAUCGGGCCAAACAUCAGGCCCGCGUCGAUGCGUCCACCGUGCUCGAAAGCGCGAUCGAACCCAUGCAGAUCCUGGCCCAGUCCCCCAUCCUCAUUCUGACGACGAGCUACAUGGCCACCACUUACGCCUUGGUCGCGCUGAUCAUUGCCACCCUCACAGGACAAUGGAGUCAGCCUACCCCACCGUCUUCUCCAGUGGCUCCGUUGGCUUGA